AGAGUUGGAAGGGGUCUGCAAGGCCAUCGAGUCCAACCCCCUGCUCAAUGCAGGAAUUGCAGGAGGAGGAGGAGGAAGGGCAAAGAGCAAUGGAAGACGGGUAAAGGCGGGGGAUAGAGGUGCCACUCACGCUUGGGCGCCCACGUGCUGCGAAGCGACCAAUCAGCGGCUCGCGAGUUCCUGCGUUGACAUCUGGCUGACGGAGCAGCGUUCGGCAGCAGGAAGACGUCCAGGACUCAUUCUGGAUCCUCUCUUCUUUGCGGUGAAGUGGAAAGAACCUCAGAACCUAUGGAGGCGGCUCAGGUUCCAGUGUCCUUUGAAGAGGUAUCUGUACAUUUCACCAGGGAGGAGUGGGCUUGGCUGGAACCAGGCCAAAGGGAGCUGUACAGGGAAGUCAUGCUGGAGAAUUAUGGGAACGUGGCUUUUCUGGGUUGUUGGGAGAGGAGAAACCAUCAACAUUACUUCAGUGAUAGUAGACGUCUAGCUAAUCAUCAAAGAAUCCAUACUGGGGAGAAACCAUUUCAGUGUAUGGAAUGCGGAAAGAGCUACAGUAAAAAUAAUUGUCUACGUAGACAUCAAAGAACCCACGCAGGGGAGAAACCAUUUCAAUGUAUGGAAUGUGGAAAGAGCUUCAGUGAAAAUGGAAGUCUAGCUCAUCAUCAAAGAAUCCACACUGGGGAGAAACCGUUUCAAUGUAUGGAAUGUGGAAAAAACUUUGCUCGACGAAUGUAUCUCACUUUACAUGAAAGAAUCCACACAGGGGAGAAACCAUAUCAAUGUGUGGAGUGCGGAAAGAGCUUCAGUGUGAGAAGUAGUCUUGUUUCACAUAAAAGGACCCACACAGGGGAGAAACCAUUUAAAUGUAUGGAAUGUGGAAAGAGCUUCAGCGAUAGUGGAAGUCUAGCUUAUCAUGAAAGUAUCCACACAGGGGAGAAACCAUAUCAAUGCGUGGAGUGCGGAAAGAGCUUCAGGGUGAGCCGUAGUCUUGAGUCACAUAAAAGGACCCACACAGGGGAGAAACCAUUUAAAUGUAUGGAAUGCGGAAAGAGCUUCAGGGUGAGGAGUAGUCUUGCAUCACAUAAAAGGACCCACACAAGGGAGAAACCAUUUCAAUGUAUGGAAUGCGGAAAGGGCUUCAUCAAAAGCACCAGCCUUGCUUUACAUCAGAGAUUCCACACAGGGGAGAAACCAUAUAUAUGUAUGGAAUGUGGAAGGAGCUUCACUCGGAGGGCGAACCUUACUGCACAUCAAAGAACCCACACUGGGGAGAAACCAUUUAAAUGCCAGGAAUGUGGACAGAGCUUCAGCAGGGGUGGAGGCCUUACUAAACACCAAAGAACCCACACAGGAGAGAAACCUUAUCAGUGUAAGGAGUGUGGGAAGAGCUUCAGGAAUAGUGGAAACUUAAAUGUACAUGAAAGUACUCAUAGGGAUGAGAAGCCAUAUCAAUGCAGCGAGUGUGGAAAAAGCUUCAGUCAUAAGAGAUACCUUAAAAUACAUCAGAGGAUCCACUCAGGGGAGAAACCAUAUAAAUGUAUGGAGUGUGGAAAAGGCUUCUAUGCGAGCUCAGUCCUUAAUGUACACCAACGUACUCACACAGGGGAGAAACCUUUUAAAUGCUUGGAGUGUGGAAAGAGCUACAGUAUGAGAUUUCAACUUCAUAUUCAUCAAAGAAUUCACACAGGGGAGAAACCUUUUAAGUGCUGGGAGUGUGGAAAGAGCUUCACCAAGAAUCAAUACCUUACUGCACAUCAAAGAACCCACACAGGGAAGAAACCAUUUCAAUGUAUGGAAUGUGGGAAAAACUUUGGUCGACGUCUGCAUCUCACUUUACAUGGAAGAAUCCACACAGGGGAGAAACCAUAUCAAUGCGUGGAAUGUGGAAAGAGCUUCAGUGUGAGCAGUAGUCUUGCUUCACAUCAAAGGACCCACACAGGGGAGAAACCAUUUCAGUGUAUGAAAUGUGGAAAAACCUUUAGUCGGAAUCAACACCUUACUUUACAUGAAAGAACCCACACAGGAGAGAAACCAUUUCAGUGUAUGGAAUGUGGAAAGAGCUUCAGUGAUAAUGGACAUCUGGCUAAUCAUCGAAGAACGCACUCUGGGGAGAAACCAUAUAAAUGCAUGGAAUGUGGAAAGGGCUUCAGUGUGAGCACCAGCCUUGCUUUACAUCAGAGAACCCACACAGGGGAGAAACCAUAUAUAUGUAUGGAAUGUGGAAAGAGCUUCAGUCGGAGUCAACAGCUUACUGCACAUCAAAGAACUCACACUGGAGAGAAACCAUAUAAAUGCCUGGAGUGUGGAAAGAGCUUCAGUCAGAAGGUGAACCUUAGGUUCCAUGAAAGAACUCACACUGGGGAGAAACCGUUUAAAUGCCAGGAAUGUGGACAGAGCUUCAGCAGUGGUGGAGGCCUUACUUCACACCAAAGAACCCACACAGGAGAGAAACCAUAUCAAUGUAAGGAGUGUGGAAAAAGCUUCAGCACUAGUGGAAACUUUCAUGCACAUGAAAGAACUCAUAGGGAUGAGAAGCCAUAUGAAUGUAUCAAGUGUGGAAAAAACUUCAGUCAUAAGAGAAACCUUAAUAUACAUCAGAGGACCCACACAGGAGAGAAACCAUAUAAAUGUAUGGAGUGUGGAAAAGGUUUCUAUGUGAGCUCAACUCUUAUUUUACACCAAUGCACUCACACAGGGGAGAAACCCUUUAAAUGCUUGGCAUGUGGAAAGAGCUUCAGUACAAGCGUUCAACUUAGUUUUCAUCAAAAAAACUACACAGGGUUGAAGCAAUAUAAAUGUGUGGACUGUGGAAAGAGUUUUAGAGACAGCGUACGUCUUCUUACCCAUCAAAGAAUUCACACAGGAGAGAAACCUUUUAAGUGCUUGAAGUGUGGAAAGAGCUUCAGUCAGAAUCAACACCUCACUGUACAUGAGAGAGCCCACAGAGGGGAGAGACCAUAUAAAUGUUUGGAGUGUGGAAAGAAUUUCUAUCAGUCAUCACACCUUAGGGUACAUCAAAGAACCCACACAAGGGAGAAGCCAUAUACUCCGAAACUGAGCUCUGUUCCUAGAGAGGCAGGAAAUCUUAACAGUGGGAGGAGGAGGAGGAGGAAAGGAAAGGAAAGUGGUGGGCUGAGAUGGGGAGGCGUCGUGGGUGCUGCAGAUACGUGGAUCGGACGAUGCAAAGCGGAUUUCGUGGCCUUUGAGGAUAUGUCUGUGCAUUUCAAAGAGGACAAGGAGGCUGUGCUGGACCCAGGCCAAAGGCCGCUGGAUGAAGAAGUCAUGCUGGAGAAUUAUGGGAAUGUGGCUUCGCGGGAUGAUGGGAAAGAGACAGGAAUUUAUAGAAAACCAUGUGUGGUGUCAUUGGAAACAACCAAGGACAAUGUUAGAGAACAUACACCUGGAAAUCAAAGCAGACAAAAGAGGUAUAAAGGAAACCAAUCAAAGAAGAGUAGGAAAAAAUCCUCUACUUCUCAGGUUACUGAUGCCUACGAUAUCCUGAACCCAGAAGAUCACAAAAGGAAGAGAAGGAGCAAACGUCCAGUAUGGGGGAAGAUAUUCACAGAUGAAUCAACUUUAAAUAGUCAUUCCAAAAUUCACACAGGAGAAAAAAAACAUAAAUCCAUAGAGUGCGGAAAGAUCUGUAGAAGUGCCCAAGAAAAAAACCAAACAGGAGAGAAACCUUUUAAGUGUUUGGAGUGUGGAAAGAGAUUCACUCGAAGUUUUCACCUUACCAUACAUCAAAGGACCCACACGGGGGAGAAACCAUAUACAUGCAUGGAGUGUGGAAAAGGUUGCAGCAAUAUUGGAAGCCUCAAAAGACAUCAGAGAACCCACACAGGAGAGAAACCAUAUACAUGCAUGGUGUGUGGAAAGAGAUUGAGUGAUUGUGGAAGUCUUACUAUCCAUGAAAGAAGCCAUACAGGAGAGAAACCAUAUAAAUGCAUCGAGUGUGAAAAAGGCUUCAGCAAUAGUGGAAGCCUUAAAAGACAUCAGAGAAUCCACACAGGGGAGAAACCAUAUCAAUGUGUGGAAUGUGGAAAGAGCUUCAGUUUGAGCACUAGCCUUGCUUUACAUCAAAGAAACCACACAGGGGACAAACCAUUUAAAUGUUUGGAAUGUGGAAAGAGCUUUAUUCGGAGUGUACACCUCACUGUACAUCAAAGAACCCACACAGGGGAGAAACCAUAUAAAUGCCUGGAGUGUGGAAAGAGCUUCACCCAGAAGGGAAACUUUAAUUUCCAUCAAAGGAACCACACUGGAGAGAAACCAUUUAAAUGCCAGGAAUGUGGACAGAGCUUCAGCAGUAGUGGAAGCUUUACUUUUCAUCAAAGAACUCACACAGGGGAGAAACCAUAUCAAUGUAAGGAGUGUGGCAAGAGCUUCAGCACUAAGGGAAACUUUCAUGCACAUGAAAUAACCCAUAGAGACGAGAAGCCAUAUAACUGCAUCGAGUGUGGAAAAAGUUUCAGUCAGAAGAGAAACCUUAAGAUGCAUCAGAAAACCCACACAGGGGAGAAACCAUAUAAAUGUACGGAGUGUGGGAAAGGCUUCUAUGUGAGUUCAACCCUUAUUUUACAUCAAAAUACUCACACAGAGGAGAAACCCUUUAAAUGCUUGGACUGUGGAAAGAGCUUCAGUACGACUGCUGACCUUAGUUUUCAUCAAAGAACCCAUACAAGGUUGAAACCAUUUAAAUGCAUGGAGUGUGGAAAGAGCUUCUAUCAGUCAUCACACCUUAGGGUACAUCAAAUAACCCACACAGGGCAAAAACCAUAUGAAUGUUCUGAGUGUGGAAAAGGUUUCAGUGAUAGCAGGAGACUAAAAUCACACAAAAGCAUUCAUAUAAGAGAGAAACUAUAG